CUUUCGGCUUCAGUUAAAUCUAUUUUUUAAAAAUGUUAACGUAAGAAAGAAAAGUUGCCAAACGUUAUAUAAAAAAAAAUCUUCAUUGACAGAUUCUUUUAUCUAAUUAGGUAUUUUGAGAAGUUUUCUUUAUUUAUAGGAGCACUACAAAAAUCAUAAAUUGUAAGACUUGUUAGUCAAAGAAUGGCUCGGCACCGAAGGCCCCGGAUGGAAGUGCAAUUUUGUGGGUUUAUCAGAAAAAUGGACGAAAACGAGAGAUAGGAGUAAAACAUUUUCAGGAACAUCCCCAUUUGCUUGUUCCUAAACAUGGCCUCAUCGCCGACAGGGGCCCACAAUGAACGACCAGCUCCCAGGCAAGGAGAUACUGGGGGCAGCACUGACAGCCCACAAAGGCCUCUCAGAGAGGGGCCAGGAACAGGGGCAGAGCCCCCACCUAAUCAGCAGUCACCAACAAAAAUUCAUACAACUGGGCAGGGGUACACACAGAUACCACUGCGCACCACCGAAUCUGGACGUGCCCUCAGCGCAGGGUGGAAUACUGCAUUAGCAGCGGCCACUGGGGCAACUGCUAUGCAAAGAAAGAGAGCCAACAUGAGGAAGCCACAAAAUCAAAACGUUCGCCCAGUGCGGGCACUUUUUUGUUUGACUCUAAGGAACCCUCUCCGCAAACUCUGCAUCAGAGUAGCAGAAUGGAAAGCAUUUGAGUUUUUAAUAUUGAUCACCAUUUUUGCCAACUGUGUGGCAUUGGCCAUCUAUACACCAUAUCCACAAUCAGAUUCCAAUGAUGUCAACUCCGCAUUGGAAAGGAUAGAAUAUGUUUUUGUUGUGAUAUUUACAAUGGAGGCAAUUCUGAAGAUCAUUGCAUAUGGCUUUGUGCUGCAUUCUGGUGCUUAUCUCCGAAAUGGAUGGAAUGUGUUAGAUUUCGUCAUAGUUGUUAUUGGUAUCAUUAGUCAGAUACUGUCCAUUAUUCAACACAAGGGUUUUGAUGCCAAAGCUCUGCGAGCAUUCAGGGUACUGAGGCCUUUACGACUUGUGUCCAGAGCACCAAGUCUCCAAGUAGUGUUAAACUCCAUUCUGCGUGCGAUGGUGCCUUUGCUACAUAUAGCACUGCUCGUCAUGUUUGUUAUCAUUAUUUAUGCCAUCAUUGGAUUGGAACUUUUUUCUGGAAAGCUCCAUGAUACCUGCUACAAUAAUAGGACAAAAAAGAUCGCCUUAGAAAGUCCACACCCCUGUGGGCGGGGCUUUACAUGCAGCAAUGACUCAGUCUGUAUGGGUGGAUGGGAAGGUCCAAACUUUGGCAUCACCAACUUUGACAACAUUGGCCUGGCCAUGUUGACUGUCUUCCAGUGUGUCACCAUGGAGGGCUGGACCGAUGUGAUGUAUGAUGUAAAUGAUGCUGUGGGUAGUGAGUGGCCUUGGAUCUACUUCAUCAGUCUCAUUAUCAUCGGCUCAUUCUUUGUUCUUAACCUUGUUCUUGGUGUCUUGAGUGGUGAGUUCUCAAAAGAGAGAGAAAAGGCGAAGGCACGAGGUGAUUUUCAGAAGUUACGAGAAAAACAACAGCUGGAGGAAGACCUGAGGGGCUAUCUAGACUGGAUCACACAGGCUGAGGACAUUGAUCCAGAGAACGAAGAGGAAGGAGAGGAGGGCACAACACCCAGACAUUCCAAAGUGGUCAGUGAGACAGAUUCAGCAGAAAAGGAGCAAGAUGAAGAAGCUGAAGAAAUGCAGCAGUCUUGGUUUCAGCAGAAACAAUUGAGGUUUCAGAAGUUCAACAGGAGAAGUCGCAGAUUCUGUAGAAGAAUAGUCAAGUCUCAAGCCUUCUACUGGGGUGUAAUUGUUCUUGUAUUUCUCAAUACCUGUGUACUGACCUCUGAACAUUAUGAGCAACCUCAAUGGCUGGACGAAUUUCAAGCCAUUGCCAACUUGUUCUUCGUGGUGCUGUUUACGAUGGAGAUGUUUCUCAAGAUGUACAGCCUUGGUUUCCAGGGCUACUUUGUCUCGCUCUUCAACCGCUUUGACAGCUUUGUUGUCAUCUGUAGCAUACUGGAGGUCAUCUUUCUAUACACUGAUGUUAUGCCACCUCUAGGUGUCUCUGUGCUGCGCUGCGCCAGACUGCUCCGUGUCUUCAAAGCAACACGGUAUUGGUCAUCACUGCGGAACCUGGUAGCCUCCUUACUGAACAGUAUGCGUUCCAUUGCCAGCUUGUUGCUGCUGCUGUUUCUGUUUAUCGUCAUCUUUGCUCUACUUGGCAUGCAGCUCUUUGGUGGUCGGUUCAACACAGAGAAUCCACCCCGCAGCAACUUUGACACCUUCUGGCAGUCCUUGCUCACAGUGUUCCAGAUCUUGACAGGUGAAGACUGGAACGUGGUGAUGUAUGACGGCAUCCAAGCAUAUGGUGGUGUUAAGGAGUUUGGCGUCACUGUCUGCCUGUACUUUGUUGUCCUUUUCAUCUGUGGUAACUACAUCCUGCUGAAUGUCUUCUUGGCCAUUGCUGUGGACAACCUUGCUGAUGCCCAGAGCCUGACGGAAGUAGAGCAAGAGAAAGAGGAGGAGAAGGAGCGUGCAAGAUCAUUACGGCGCUCCAAGAGCAAGUCUCCAGAGAAGGAGGGACAACCAAACAAUGAGGAAGACGAGGGAGUAGAUGUGAACGGCAAUGACAACAAUGAAAGUGAAGUUAAAGAUCAUCUUAGCCGCCAACCCAGUGCUGCUAGCAGUAACCGCAGCAGAAGAUCUUAUGCAAAGGAAAACAGUGACCACCAUGUUCGAAUUGACCUCAGUCCAGAGAGAGAUUUAUCAGGCCAGCAUCGCAACAGUCACCGCGUCCCCAUCAGAGAUGACGAGGAGCAGAAUGAGGGCACAGAUGAAGAGGCAGAAGAUGGAGAAGAGGAAGAAGAAGAGGAGGAAGAAGGGGAGGAAGAGGAGGAGGAGGAGACACACUCAACAGCUCGACCUCGUCGUAUGUCGGAGCUGCACAUUCCCUCCAAAGUCAAGCCCAUCCCUCCAGCUAGUUCUCUCUUUCUCUUUUCCUCAACAAACAGAUUCAGAGUGCUGUGCCACAGGAUCUGUAACCACUCCUACUUUGGUAAUGUGGUCCUGGCUUGUAUUCUCAUCAGCAGUGGCAUGCUUGCAGCAGAGGACCCUCUCCGUAGCAAUUCACCACGAAAUCUGAUUCUCAACAAAUUUGACUACUUCUUCACAAGCGUGUUCACAGUUGAGAUCAUAAUCAAACUCGUCACCUAUGGGAUGGUGUUACACCAGGGCUCAUUUUGCCGCAGUCUCUUCAACAUGUUAGACCUGGUUGUGGUUGCAGUCUCCCUAAUCUCCUUUCCUCUUGACAAUGAAGCUAUCUCUGUGGUGAAGAUCCUCAGAGUAUUGAGAGUGUUGCGUCCACUAAGAGCCAUCAACAGAGCCAAAGGACUUAAGCACGUUGUACAGUGUGUAAUUGUAGCAGUGCGUACCAUCUACAACAUCAUGCUGGUUAUGUUCCUCCUGCAGUUCAUGUUUGCAGUCAUUGGUGUCCAGCUGUUUAAGGGACAAUUUUCACGGUGCACUGAUGCAUCCAAACUGACCAAAGAUGAAUGCAGAGGUCAGUACAUCGACUACAAAGAAGGGAACUUUAAGAGUCCUGAAGUGAAGGAUCGUCUUUGGGAGGAAAGCGAGCUUAACUUUGAUGAUGUCAGCAAGGCAAUGUUGACACUGUUCACUGUUGCCACAUUUGAAGGAUGGCCAGGCCUACUGUACCAGUCCAUUGACUCAUACGAAGAAGGAAAGGGUCCUGUGCAGAACAAUCGACCGGCUGUGGCCAUCUUUUAUUUUAUCUUCAUCAUUGUCAUUGCUUUCUUCAUGGUGAACAUCUUUGUGGGUUUUGUCAUCGUCACCUUCCAGAAUGAGGGAGAACAAGAGUACAAGAACUGUGAACUGGACAAGAACCAGAGAAAAUGCAUUGAAUUCGCUCUGAAAGUGAAGCCAAUCCGUCGCUACAUCCCCAAGGCACGAUGGCAGUACAAAAUCUGGUGGUUUGUGACCUCACAAGCCUUUGAGUAUGGCAUCUUUGUCCUCAUCAUGAUAAAUACUGUGACGCUCGCUAUGAAGUACCACAAUCAGAGUGACAAGUUAACAAAUGCCCUGGACUACCUCAACAUGAUCUUCACUGGUGUUUUCACACUUGAGUUCCUACUCAAGCUUGCAGCCUUCCGCUUCAAGAACUACUUUGGAGAUGCAUGGAAUGUUUUUGACUUCAUCAUUGUGCUCGGCAGCUUUAUUGACAUCAUCUAUGCCGAAGUGAACAGAACUGAGCCAGGCAAGUCCAUCAUCAGCAUCAACUUCUUCCGCCUCUUCCGUGUCAUGCGCUUGGUCAAACUCCUCAGCCGAGGGGAGGGCAUUCGGACCCUUCUGUGGACCUUCAUCAAGUCUUUCCAGGCCCUCCCUUACGUAGCCUUGCUGAUUGUCAUGCUUUUCUUCAUCUAUGCUGUAAUCGGAAUGCAGGUGUUCGGUAAAAUCAGACUGGAUGACAACACCGAGAUUCAUCGUAACAACAAUUUCCAGACAUUUCCUCAUGCAGUGCUUGUUCUUUUCAGAUCUGCCACAGGAGAGGCUUGGCAGCAGAUUAUGUUGUCUUGUAGAGCCAAAACUUCAGUUUUGUGUGACAAGGAGUCAGAGAACUAUAAUUCCACCGAAUCAUGUGGCACAGAAUUUGCCUUCAUCUACUUCAUCUCUUUCUACAUUUUGUGCUCCUUUUUGAUCAUCAAUCUGUUUGUUGCUGUUAUCAUGGACAACUUUGACUACCUGACCAGGGACUGGUCAAUCUUAGGUCCACACCACCUUGAUGAGUUUGUACGUCUGUGGUCAGAGUAUGACCCUGAAGCCAAAGGCCGCAUCAAACAUCUGGAUGUUGUAACACUUCUAAGAAAAAUCUCUCCUCCUCUUGGCUUUGGCAAGUUGUGCCCUCAUAGAGUGGCUUGUAAGCGUCUUGUGAGCAUGAAUAUGCCACUCAACAGCGACGGAACAGUUAUGUUCAAUGCUACCCUUUUUGCCCUGGUACGCACAUCACUGAAAAUCAAGACAGAGGGCAAUAUCGAUCAGGCUAACGAGGAGUUGAGAGCUGUCAUCAAACGAAUCUGGAAACGCACCAGCCCUAAACUUCUGGACCAAGUAGUCCCCCCAGCAGGUAGAGAUGAUGAUGUCACGGUGGGAAAAUUUUAUGCUACCUUCCUGAUCCAGGAUUAUUUUCGACGCUUUAAAAAGAGAAAAGAGCAGAUGCAGAAAAUCCAAAAGGGACAGGAGCACACGAAUGCGCUGCAGGCAGGCCUGCGGGCAGUACAUGACCUGGGGCCAGAGAUCCGCCGUGCCAUCUCGGGCAACCUGGACGAGGAAGAGUAUAUGGAUAAGGAAAUUGAAGAACCCAUGCACCGGCGGAACCACACAUUGUUUGGAAGCAUGGUCAGUACACUUACAGGCGUACGGCCCAUCUUGCCAUUCCUGAAUCGAACACAGUCAUUAUAUGGCAACUCCACAGGAAUUCAGCCCAAAGUGAAUGCUCUCACUUCCAUCAGUGCUGCUACAGCCAAACUUUUGCAGGGUCAGGCCAUUAAUGGCAACAUAGGGGGCACAGCAUCCUGUAAUCAUCUCAUUGCUGGGGAGCAUGCAGCUCUCAAUCACACACCAUCUCCUCGACCUUCACCCUCUCCUCGACCUUCACCUUCUCCUCGCCCAUCCCUGGCUAUCCCGGCUUCAGAGGGAUCGCGCCGACCCAGUCGUGGCAGUGAGAGAUCAAAGGAGGAGGAAAAAUUACCGUCACAGAUUACUUUGCAACAAGGAGAGGAAGAGGAACCUGAAGAGGCUGCAGAUGAGGAAGAAGAGGAGGGUUCCAAACUGGGGGAUGCCUGGACCCCCAUUCCAGUUCCAUCCCCCCAGCCUCCCACAGACCCCAUCAUUCCAAACAGUGUAGUGCACCCUGGGCCACCUGAACAGGGCAAGAAGCGAGAUAUCUAUGUAUACAGAGAUCUUCCACAAGAAGACAGUGACUACGAACGUGAGCGCACUCCACCUUCUCCCACACCAGCCCGCAAGCUCAGUCGCCGUGGGCACUCAUUCAAACUGGCAUGCAUUGGCAAGCAAGAUUCCGAUGAGAACCCACUCAUGCGCAAGGUGGGCCAGCCGCUUCGUCUGGCCCAAAGUCAGGUAAACCAGGCAAUGGCAGUGGCCAGACUGACACCAGAAGGAGCACAACGACCACUCAGCAUGGGUAAUGCAGUCCAGAUCCCACCAGGUUCCCCAGGUGCAAUACCAGGUGAUGGUCAGGGACCUUACCUUUCCCCAGGUGGCAAGCUGGUCAACUUCUUCCGAAAUCUGGGAAGAAACAGAGAGCCAGGGCAAGAAGAGCCUCAGAUUAAGCAUAGACGCAGUGACUCGGACACCAUUCCAGGACUGCAUGGACAGCUUCAUCGGAGCUUAGAGCGUGGGCCCUUGGUCAUUCCAGACCAUGUGCAGUCGCAGUAUCGCCAGUCCAAUGCUCAGCAUCGUCGCAGCAGUGCAGAAAGCUUAGUAGCGAAGAUCCUGCAGGCUGAGGGUCUUCAAGGUUAUGUGGAUCCAAAGUUUUUGCAGCAAGAGUUGCAGGAUGCUACAGACAUGACACAAGAGGAGAUGGAGAUUGCAGCCCGGGCCCUCAUCCGUCAGUCACAGCAUGAGGCCUUACAACAGCACCCAGCCUAUUACCAGCAUGUUGGUGGCUUUAGUGGCCAGGAGCUCAGAGACUACAAUCAGUAUUCUCCCACCAGCCCUGCUGAUACAGCCCCUUCCUUGCACCAUCGACAGCGUCCACUGUCGCAACCACGAGCUGCAGCCCCAACGUCGCCAACACAGACAGACUCUGGCGACUCUCGACAAGAUAAUUUGUGGCAGGUGUGAGGAGUACCACAAGAGACAACACAGCCUUCUCUUCUGUACGGCAAGCACAUGGACAUGAAGGUGGAGAUUAUUGCUGGGCUGCUAGUCAUGAUGGCGCCAGCAACAUCGCAACUGCCCCACCCACCCUUCUGCUCCCACCCUCCUGCCACUCCUGGAACCAGCAUCAGGUGCUGUUACUAAGGCAUGUCUGGAUUUCAUGUGUGCAUCACCUGGUCAUCCAGAUGCGACCAUACUUAGAAGUUUGUUGAAGCCUUGGCAAAGCAUUUGUCUGAAGUGCUGUUUGCUGUUGCAACAUAGUUGACUGACAUGCAGACAAAGAUGCAUCUCACUUCUUGCAUCCAGUAGUAGCAUUACAUUUUUCUAUGAUACUUUACCAUGGUUUGCAUCUUGAAUACAAACAAGAAAAUGUGAAAAGUGUUCUGGUAUUCCCCGAGUGGUAGGAUGUUUAAUAUAUUGAAAUAAUGGUUUGUAAGUUUGGUUUCACAGAAGUGUAAAAUGUAUGUUUCUCCUUGUUACCACCACUUGCCAUGAAAACGAGGGAGUUGAGGUGGAGAGACAAAAACAAAAAUAUGUUGCUUUGGGACUCAAGUCUUGACUGUGCCAUGUAUUUUGGUUGUAGAUGACUGUCCCAUGCACAAGUAGAUUAAGACAGUAUUUUUUUUAUGUGAUCACUAGUUUACAACUAAUAUAUUGUGGCAUUCAGGCUGAGUACUGAUUCUGUGAAUGGCUAAUACUUCAGUGUUUGUGACUGGAUGGAAUAUAUUCCAUUUUCUCCAGCACAGUGAACUGCCAGAUAUUUUCACAUCACAAUAAUUAUUGAGGAUUACAUAAUAGGUUUUCUCCAUCACAGUUAACUGCCAGAUAUUUUCACUUCCAGAUAAUAAUUAUGUAUUUAUUUAUAGCCGUGUCACUUCUACAGCCCUUACAGUUGUGGUACAGCCUUUUCUACCCCUCGACCCACUGGACCUUUGCAUAGAUAUUUAAGUUGAAUAGCUCUUAUCCCAUACACCAGUUUGCUUUUGUUGCUUGUUCUACAGUGUUUAUUUAUUUGCCCAACUGGACAUAGCUUUUUUUGUCCUUUACUAAGCAUUGUGACUAUUUUGGUUGUAAGAAGGGGAGAGCUGUCUUUUAUAUGACGCCUACCCUAGAUCUGUGCAAUGGGUGCCUCAAGGACUUUGUGGUAAUGGGAAUCUCUACAACAGUAUUCCGUUUCUCAUACAUCUUACCCCACAACCCUUAUGGCACCAACACUUUACGUCCAAAGAUGUGGCAUUUCACAGGGAGCUUUUUUGGUAUUAGACCUUUGUUUCUACCUUAUAUUUAUUUUUGCCUUAAUUUUUGACAGUUUGAAGUGCAAUAUGUUUGCUAGAUGCGGUUUUGGUAAUUUAGUCUAGCUUGAAAAAUCCUGUUUACUGGCAAAAUAUAUUUUCCAUCUUCAUACCUAUAAUAGGUGUGAACAUUUGAGAUUUUUGACAUUUGACUGUUUGCAUUGCUGUGGUAGUUGUGGCCAGAAUGAGUUCAGAUACCAUUUGUGGAGAUAAUGUUCUCUGUUAUCCUUGUGGUGCUGGUCUCACACAACAGGUGCAUUUUACGGAUUUUUGUUCAGGACAACUAGAGCGAUUCCAGUCACUAUAUUUUAUCUCUUCUACAGUGAGACUCACACUCCUGGUUUUUUCUCAACAGUUCAUUGGCAUUUUGCAGUCAUCAGAAAGGUUGGCUUAGCUGGUUGAUUGGUUGAUUUGCUUUAACAAAGAAUGAAAGUAGAUGUGGCUGUUUCGAUGUUGAGUGUUUUUAACCAUUUAAGCCUCAUUUUCACUAAUAAUCUCAGAAAUGAUUGCCAGGUAAAUGUAUUUUAAUCCAUGUCAAGUUUUGGAAAAAUAGUUUGCCAUUUUGUUAUUGUGCUGUACAUUUUUAUGUCUUUGUACACUGCUUUUUGUACACUUCUGCCAUGUAUAUAGUAUUGUACAUCGUUUUAAUCAGCAAAGGCCCUGACUGUUAAAUCACAGGUCAUGAUUGAGAAAUCUGAUUUCUUCUUGUUUGCUAAAUUCCUUUUAGUUUGUGUCUGCUGUGUAUCUGGCAGCAUGACGUUGGCAAGGUGUCCUAGCAACAGCUGCAUCUGCUCUUGGUGUGUGAUAUGUGAGGGGGGAAGUGCCUGCCAGACCCUGUCACCUACUGUAACCCCUACUCUAGCCUCCUUCAUCACUUGUCCUGAGGUUUUGCAGUAUUUCAUGUAUCAUACCAUUCCCCUCACCCCUUUGUGUAUAAAUCAACAUGAUGAACAUCAGUCUGGGGCUAGACAGCCCGACUUCUCUGGCUCAGUUCAUUGUGCUUCAGAUACAUUUUGGGCGGCUGGACUUUUCAGCUAUGGGUCUGUAUUGAUUUGAACAUUAAUAGAUUGGAAGAAAUGUUGUAGAGGAACACCUUGGCAUGAAACACCUUUUAAUCUUUCACCCUAUAAUUCAAGUGCAGCAGACACACAAAAAAAAAAAAAAGACAUUACAAUAUGUAGUUGUAUAAUAUCUAGCAAAGUAGGAUGGGGGGGAAAAGUUUUGCUUUCUAAAAAAAAGUGGACAUACAGACUUCCUAAUGGACAUUCAAGUUGUGCAAAGUGGCUAGUGUAAAUUAGACAAUUGUAUUAGCCACUGUAUUAGAGGAAAACGGCUAGUGUAAAUUAGAUGGUCACUGUACUAAUGGAAGGAGGAGAGGGAACAGGGCAUUUUCUUGUCUAAUUCUCUUGCUGUAUCAAACUUUUUGUUCAGUUUAAGACCAUUUUUUACUUGUGCAGUAACUUCAUUGUGGACUGCAUGAAGUCAUAUUUUUUAAGUUCAUACUUUACAUAUUUAUGCUCCUUUUUAUUUUGUUGGCCUUUUUGCCUUUUCAUGCACAGUCUUGCCCUGAGCCAUACCUGCCAGGUGGAUGUAAGAGUAAUUGCACGUCCUCCAGUGAGCAUCAUUCACCAUAAGGUACAGUGUUCCAAAAUGCCCCCAGCACUAACUGAAGCUCAGCAUAUCAUGGUCACUUUUAGCUUUCUAAGAGCUACAACUCUGUCAUCACCGGAUCUUUGGACUAGGACCUCCUAUACCCUUCUCUCGAUACUCAACACGUUCUCAUUCUGUGUGCAACGGGACUGUCCUUAACCUUUGAGCAUCAUGCAGAUUUCUCUUUAUCUUUCCUUAUUUAAUGCAAGAAGUCGUUAUGUUCAAUUUGUACUUCUGAAGUCCUGUCUGAGUCGCUACACCUCACAUUUCCAGCAUCACUGUUCUGCAAAGAGGCCAGUAGAGCCAAAAACUGUAAACUCUUGCCAUGUCUUUUCCAAUGGUCGGAUUCUUUAUUAUGAGCUUGUCAUUACAGGUACUUCAUCAUACAACGCACAAUAACAUUUGUACAAAGAGGUGGAGGAAAUGUGAUGUUUUAUGUAUUUAUUUUACCAGGGAGUCAUGUCUGUUGGGUGUUUUUUUUAUAUAUAUAUAUUUUGUGUGUGAGUGGGGUGGGGAAAGUUUGAAUGUACGCUGUCAUGGACUUUAGGUGGUUUUCUUGUGUCUUUUAUUCCUGAUGACAGCUUUCAGUUGUCUGCCUGCCAGUGCAUCCCUAGUCAACUGGCCUUGUAUUGCCUGAUGGUCAUUUCACUGAUGCACACUUUAUAGUCAAAACUAAAGAUCAGAUUAUUCAAAGGAAAGUACACGAGUUGUUCUUUUAUUCACCCUACUUUCCACCCAUUCCAAUUCAAGUGCAGUUUCAGCUGAUCAGAUGACAAAAAGUGGUGUAGAUCAUCAUGUAAAAUUCAACAAAAGUAUUUUUAAGUGACUUUUUCCAGUAGCAUGUCUACAUUUUUUUUUCUUCACAGACUUGCUAUUAUAUCUUAAAAUUCUUACUGGAUAUGACAUAAUUGUUCUUAUAAGUAUAAAUCAAAGUUGCAGACACCACUUCCCCUUGUUAAUUUGUGGUCCACCAUCAAUCCAGCAUCCCUCAUAACUUAUGAAGUCAGCCGGCAGAAUGUCUCUUUGCCAAGAGUCCACAGCACCUCUUUGUGCAAAUACUACUCCCAUUGCCCUCUCAUUUGCCUGGUAUGGCACUGGUCUACAACUGGUCUGUUUCCAGAGCUCGUCUUCAGGAGAAUAGUUUGUAAAGCCUUACCUCCACCCCCAAUAUUUUGCCCCAAUAGGGCUUCUUUAUAACACCCCCUCUAUACCCCCACACUCUUAGUACAUCAUUUCUUCCUCUCUAUCAUUCUGUUCCAUUGUUUUGUAGCAUUCUAGGCUGUUAAGAAUAGGGUAAAAUGAAUUGCAUGUGCAGAAUAUGGGUCUUUGCUCACUCUACUAACCAUGUCCCCUAUGCCGCACCCAGUUGGGCUCCUUGUUUCGUGUAUUUUAUGGCUGAGUCCUGCGUGUGAGCCGGAGCCUGUUGUGUUGUUGAUGGACAUCCUCUUGUAGGCCUCGGUGGCUGGCCCCUCACUGUCUUGUACAAAAUAAACUUUGGAACGAUGCCAACUGUGUGAGACUCAUCUCCAAGGAUUGUUGUUAUGUGCAAUAAAUGUUUUAAAUGCUGAACUGCCAUGUUGAACCUUUUUUUUUUUUUUUUUUUUAAAUUUCUCCUGUAAAUGAAAAUGUUACCGUAGCAUUGUGGUUGCAAACACAUGUAUGUUGAUACACACACUCACAUUCAUGAACGAGCAUCAACAGUGGGUGAGAGGAUGGAGAGAUAAGUAAAGAUGAUCAUUUGUUUACUUUGUCAAAUCCUGCAAA